CUCUGUUGAGUUCAUUUUCUAGUAGCAAAUAAACCAUCAGUAAGAACGCACGCUGCUCAUCAUUUCUCCACCUUUAAAAUACAGUGACAUAGUAAAAUCAACCUAAUUAACACCCACAUAAUGGUCGUUAUCGAGCCGGAUCAAAGUUGUUUACUACAAAUUCGCCGGUAACCAGCCCGGCUGAGAACAAAAGAAUUCUUAUCUAUCGUCGAGUGAAGUCGAGAAAACAAGUGUUAAUUUAAAAUAAAAUUAAAGUAAUGCAAGUGUGGACAUUAAUUUAAACAGUGUUAACUUAUGGACUAACCAGUGCUUAAAAACGAAACCUAAAGAACUAAAUACCUAAUCAAAGUGUGUAUGAACGCUAAGUGAAUAACUAUUAUAAGAAUUGACUUUGUGAACGUGUUGAACAUUAAAAUAGUGCGAUAUACCUACCUAACAAUUUGGACUAUCAAACGUAAAUAUAGUGUUUAUGCAAAAUGGAAGCGGAAAAGGAACUAUUGCAAAUUUUAGAAGAUAAAAUAUCAAUGUUACAAAAAGUGUUAGUUAACUUCAAGAAAUGUCCUAAGGCUAGGCUUACGAAAGGUUACAUUACCGUGAGACUACAAACUAUUCAAGAAUAUUGGCGAGACUUUACGAAUGCACAUUUGGCCCUAACUAGAAAAGUACCUAAACAAAAUAGACAGAAUUACCCGUACUUUGCAAACGACGAGUACUACGAAGUUGAAGAAUUAUACUUGGGUUUACAAGCGGAUUUGAAUGACUUAUUAUCCGAGUGCUCGCCGUCAGCCACCAGCCGGCAGUCAGCAGGCGCAGCCAGCACCAACAUGGAGACCGCUGACGCGUCGCAGGUCAAGCUACCAAGGAUACAGCUGCCUACAUUCUCAGGAUCUUACGAAGAGUUCCCAGCCUUCAAGGAUUUGUUUACAUCAUUAGUAGACAACAAUGUUACACUUAGCAAUGUCCAAAAGUUACACUACUUGAAGAGUAGCAUCAAAGGAGAACCAGAGUCGUUACUGAAGCACAUGCAAGUUGUAGAAUGCAAUUACGAACCAGCGUGGAAACUGUUACAAGAACGAUACAACAAUAUGAGACUUAUUACCAACUCUGUGUUGAAGCGAUUAUUUAACCAAAGGAAGAUCUCUGCACCUACAGCUGACAACAUUCGUUCACUGUUAGACACAACUAAUGAUUGUCUAAACAGCCUGAGAAACCUAAGCAUAUCAACUGAUUCUUGGGAUCCAGUUAUCAUAUUUCUGGUCAUUCAGAAGUUGGACCCAGAGUCACAUCAAGAAUGGGAACAAUCAGCUUUCAAUGGAAACAGCGCAGAACUACCUAAGUGGACGGAGUUAUCUAGAUUCUUAGAAACUAAGUAUCGAACACUGGAGCUAGUUAACCCACCGCAGAGACAGAAGAUUACGCAGAGCCAAAAUAGAGAAAGAGAAUACAAAGUUCUUGUUUCUACGGAUACCAACAGUAACAAUAACUAUAACAACAAGGAGAAAUACUGCUCAAUGUGCAAAGAAAACCACACCUUAUGUCAUUGUAGAGAGUUCAUAUCAAAGGUACCAAGAGAGAGAUGCGAGUUCGUGAAAAGCAAUCAACUAUGUUUCAAUUGUUUGGCCCCAGGACAUUCAGCUUUUAGAUGUCGACUCAGAAUGUUCUGCCGAGUAUGCAAGAAGCGUCAUCACACGCUACUGCAUGAGACCUAUCAACCAAACAAUGUAGAAUGUCACCAUGAUACAGCUACCAACGAGAACAACAACAACAAUGAACCAGUCUCAGAGCUAUCAACCAACAUAGCAACCAACACGUCUACUGCGCUCCUGGCUACAGCCCUAGUACCAGUGAGAGAUGAAUCAUCAGGACGUGUCACCAUGUUAAGAGCACUAAUCGACAAUGGAUCACAAGCAAGUUUUAUUAGUGAGAGAGCCGCCCAGUUACUUAAGCUGAAGAGGAUACCCUGCAAUGGUACAAUCACUGGCGUCGGCACAACAAAGACAACAGUCAAACACGUAGCACAAAUUGAGGUUCUUUCAAGCCAAGAUAACAAAUUCAGCCUCAAAUUGAAAGUUUAUGUAAUGCCUACGCGUUUAACAUCACAAUUACCAACGAGAGUUAUCUCUGAACGCACCUGGUCACACAUCCAUGGUAUAGCUUUAGCUGACCCCGGCUUCAACCAACCUGGACCUGUAGACAUGCUGCUGGGUGUAGAAGUGUGUGCCGCAAUUAUGAAAGGCGAGAUUAUCAAGGGUCCCCCAGGCACCCCUAGUGCUCAAAAUACCAGCCUUGGGUGGAUUCUCUUCGGGCACAUCACUUCAGAGGAACACAGAGAUGAAUAUACAGUAAUGCACCAUCAGAUUGAUCUGGAAAUAAACAGUAUGCUAAAACAAAUGUGGGAAUUGAAUGAUCAUGAGCAAAAGAUCCUAACCGCAGAAGAGAGAAGAUGUGAAGAAAUAUAUGAAUCAAAUCAUUCCAGAACAGAAGAUGGCAGAUACAUUGUGAAGUUGCCUUUUAAAACAGAGAAUAGAUUAUCAAUACAGAAUGGAUCGAGAGACAUAGCUCUGAGAAGUCUAAAGCAACUAGAGAGACGCUUCGAAAAGAAUCAAAAGCUAAAGGAAGAAUACACAAAAGUGAUAGAAGAAUAUCUUGAGAUGGAGCAUAUGGAAGAAGUACCUAUAGAAGAAAUCAACAAGCCAGCUGUAUACUUACCUCAUCAUGCAGUUAUGAAAGAAGAGAAAGAAACAUCAAAAUGUAGAGUGGUAUUCAACGCCUCAUGCAAGGGAACCAACAAUACUUCCCUGAAUGAUGAACUGCUAGUUGGUCCACAACUACAAGAAGACAUGCGAAGCAUUAUAAUGAGAUGGCGCAUGCACAAAGUUUGCUUCGCUGCUGACGCAGUUAAAAUGUACCGAAUGAUAUUAAUAACAGAGGAGGACAAAGAUAAUCAAAGAAUCCUAUGGCGUAAAAGUAGAACCGAACCUGUAAAAGAUUAUCGAUUAAACAGAGUAACAUUCGGAACGGCUUCAGCCCCUUACCUAGCCGUUAAAACUUUGCUUCAGCUAGCUAAAGAUGAAGGCCACAUUAACGAAGAAGCAGCUAAAAUAAUCAAAGAAGAUUGUUUCAUGGAUGAUAUAGUAUCUGGAAAGGAAACACUAAAAGACGCAAUCAAAACAGCUAAAGAUAUAGAGAAGAUAUUACAGAAAGGAGGUUUCAUAUUACAGAAGUGGUGCUCAAAUGACGUAGAUUUCCUGAAACAAUUCGAACCAUCAAAGAUUAGCACUCAUGUCAAUAUUAAAUUUGGCAUAGAUGGUAUCAUAAAGACACUAGGUAUCAUCUGGAACAUGGGAGAAGAUGUAUUUCAAUAUCAAAACAACUUACCUGCUACAGCUGAAUCUUACACGAAGAGAAGUAUCCUGGCAGAAAUACAGAAGUUGUUCGAUCCUCUCGGAUGGAUUGCCCCGGCGAUUAUCCCUGCAAAGAUACUCAUGCAAAGAUUAUGGUUACAAAGAACUGGAUGGGAUGAAGACGUAGACGAAGAAGCAAGAGAAGAGUGGAUAGAACUUAGAGAGAAAUUUCAAGAGCUGGACCAAGUACAAGUAAAGAGAUGGCACGAAACGACUGAAAGCAACAGAGAUCAUACAUCUAUACAUGGUUUCUGUGAUGCUUCCACCAAAGCCUAUGCAGCAGUAGCAUAUCUCAGAGUAGAAGACAAAGAAGGAAAUGUAACAACCAACAUAAUAGCCGCUAAAACUCGAGUAGCACCACUAAAACCAGUAACACUCCCUCGUCUGGAACUAUGCGGUGCAGUACUGCUUGCAAAGAUGCUGAAACAAAUAAGAGAAGCCAUGAGGAUUUCUGAAAGUAAAGUUCAUGCUUGGACAGACUCCACAAUCGUACUGUCCUGGUUGUCUGGAGAUCCAGCAAGAUGGAACACCUUCGUACGUAAUCGAGUUGUUACUAUCUUAGACGAUGUUAAUAACAAUUGGCAUCAUGUCCAGACUCACGAGAAUCCAGCAGAUGUAGCUACGAGAGGCAUUGAAAUAGGAGAUUUAAAGGAACACAAACUAUGGUGGAAGGGCCCACAGUGGCUAAGAGAGAAAGAAGUCAUCUACAGCAAACCGGCAUACCUGGAAACAAACCUGGAAAAAAGAGAAAAGAUAAAGAUUAAUACAACAAUAGUAAAUGAAGAUGAAAACAUAGAGAAACAAUUUGAAAACAUGGAAGAUUUAACACAACUCCUCAUAGUCAUCACACACUGCAGAAGAUUCAUGCGAUACAAGAAAGAUAACCUGAAAGAAAGACCUAUAACUACAAAGGAACUGAAUGAAUCACUAAACGCAUGCAUAAAAAUAGUUCAAAGAAAUAAUUUCGAAGAAGAAAUAAACAGAUUAAAAGAAAACCUUGAAGUCAAAAGGGAAAGUAAGUUGAGUUUACUAAAACCAUACAUGGAUAAUGAAGGAAUAGUAAGAGUGGGUGGAAGACUGAGACACGCAAACAUAGAAGAAGACAGAAAACACCCCAUCAUUAUACCAAGUGAAGGUUACCUUACCACAUUAAUAAUCGCUGAUGCACAUGCAAAAACGUUACAUGGAGGAAUCCAACUUAUGCUUGAGUACCUGAGAUCAAAAUAUUGGAUUCUGAAAGUAAAGAAUUUAGUAAAAACGAUGAUACGUAAUUGCUUGAUAUGCGCCAAACAGAGAGCAUUAGUAAGAAACCAGCUGAUGGGAGACCUACCGACAGCCCGAGUCAACCCAGCCAGACCGUUCUAUAAUAGUGGCGUUGAUUUCGCGGGUCCUUAUCAAGCCACGAAAGCAAUACACUUAGAACUUGUCGGAGAUCUGACAUCAGAGGCAUACAUAGGUGCAUACAGGAGAUUCAUCUCAAGACGAGGCCGCUGCUCGCACCUAUGGAGUGACCAGGGAAGAAACUUUAUCGGCGCCGACAAGGAGUUAAAAACAGCAUUGAAGGAGGCUAAACUCGAUUUUGAAGGAGACAUAGCAGAGACACUUGCCAAAGAUGGAACUCAAUGGCAUUUCAUUCCUGGAUAUAGCCCUCAUAUGGGAGGCUUAUGGGAGGCGGGCGUCAAGUCCAUGAAGUACCACAUGAAAAGAAUCCUGACCUCUCACCUCACGUUCGAAGAGAUGUCUACACUCCUGUGUCAGAUAGAAGCCUGUCUUAACUCCCGGCCUAUAUCUACAAUUGAAUCUGAAUCUGAAACAAUAACACUAACACCAGGCCAUUUCCUGAUCGGCGAAGCGCCUGUGACUGUUCCAAACCCAGACCUGAAGUCAGUGAAGGUUAGUCGACUGACACGUUGGCAACAUCUACAGAAACUCCUAUCAGACUUUUGGCAAAUAUGGCAGAGUGAAUACCUCGCAAGAUUACAACAAAGACCAAAAUGGCUAAAGAAAGUACAGGAAUUUGAAAAAGGACAAAUUGUACUUAUAAAAACAGAAAACCUGCCACCCGGCAAAUGGAGUCUCGGCCGCAUCGUGGACAAGCACCCGGGCGCUGACGGAGUCACCAGAGUGUACAGUGUGAAGAGUGGUAAUAGUGUAGUGCAAAGACCUAUGAAUAAAUUGUGUUACUUACCUAUAGACACUGCCACUUAAAACUUAAUUAUUUAAUAUUUUCAGUAGCUUUGUUUACCUAACUAAUUCUAAAUGAAAUAAGUUGCAUGAUCAAAUACUUAAGUUAAAAUGUUCUUAUUACCUAACGUUACUUAUUAAAAAAUGUAGUAUUUACUUAAUCAAUCUUUAAGAUACAGUCCACAGUAUUAAAAUUCAGUUUAAAUAAAAAUGCAUGGUAAUUUGUAAGUAAAGAAGUAUGUAUUCAGUCAAGUAAAGGAUCUAUCAUAUCAAUUCUAUCUAUUUAAGGCCAUUAGCAUUGUAUAAUCACUUUUUUAAAAGGGCCUUUAAUAAAUGCCCUUUGGGGGGCGGUAUGUUGAGUUCAUUUUCUAGUAGCAAAUAAACCAUCAGUAAGAACGCA